AUAAUGAUUAAGCCUCUAGUCAUAAUUGCUGUGCUACUAGUCAACGAUGUCGUGUGUCCCCCGCCAUUGAGACAACAAGCAGAGCAGGCCCAGGCUCAGGAUAAUGUUCAACACCAGCCCGCCACUGGAGACGCACAACAAGGACAAGGGCAAGCUCAAAACACAGAGCAACAAGGAGAAUAUGAUGGUCGGCACCCAGGAUAUCAAUUCGCCUACACAAAAUAUUUGGAAGAAGUAGUGAAGAUUCUUGAAAGCGACCCAAAAUUUAAUGAACGUCUGAAGAACAUGAAAGAAGAGGACAUCAAGGCAGGAAACAUCGCCGAUCACAUUGACGACCUUCCUCAGGAAGUUUUUGACAAAUUGCACAAAGCCAAGUUUGAUGAAAUCGAAAGACUCAGGAAGCAAAUUGAAGAGCAAAUCAAAGCUGAUGGAGGCGCACACAACAUCAAAAUGCCGGACCAUCUUGAUGUACAAGAGCUUGAAAAAUUUCACAAGGAAGAUUUGAGAAAGCUGAUACAGAAGACGGUGGCCGAUAUGAACGUCAUGGACGAGCAAAGAAAAGAUGACUUCAAACAAUACGAAAUGAAGAAACAAGCUGAAGAAGAUCACAAGUUGGCUCAAAUGACUCCAGAAGAACGAGAAAAAGCAAAGUCUGAACAUGAAGAGUCGCUGAAAAGACACAAUGAUCAUGAAAAGCUGAAACACCCAGGAAGCAAAGAUCAGCUUCAAGAAGUUUGGGAAGAAAGUGAUCAUCUUGAAAAAGAUCAAUACGAUCCAAAAACCUUUUUUGCACUUCACGACCUGAACGGAGAUGGUUUCUGGAAUGAUUUUGAGCUGGAAUCUCUUUUCCAACUAGAGCUUGAAAAAAUGUAUAACGAAACCAACCCAGACGACGACAUGAAAGAAAGAGCUGAGGAGAUGUACCGUAUGAGAGAGCACGUUAUGAAGCAAAUUGAUGUUAAUCAGGAUCGCAUGAUCUCUAUGCAAGAGUUCUUGAAUGAUUCUGACAAUCAGAAUUCAAAUCCACCAAAGCAAGAAGAAUGGGAAGAUCUGGGACAGAAGAAAGUGUAUACGGAUGAAGAACUCCAGCAGUUUGAAAGAGAAUAUGCACAAAAACAAGGAUGGGGAGAACAUGCAUAUGACCCACAACAAGUUGCUUCAGAACAACAACAUCCGCAAGAAGCUGUCCAACAACCACCACAGGCUCAGCAACAAGUUCACCCUGCUCAACAGCCAAUUCAACCGGUGAAUGCAAAUCCACCACCUGUUCAAAAUGCGCAACCGCCUGUGCAACAGCAACAACAACCUCCACAGCAACCACCGCAACAACCACCUCAACAAAAUUUGCCCCCUGUGCACCAUGAACCCAUCCAAGAUCACACUAAAGAUCCAACAUACGGAAUUUAAUUUAUAUCAGUUGUAGAUUUCUAAUUUGUUUUAAAAUGCUAAUGCUUUUGGUUGAGAUAAUAUGUAACUUAAUGUCGAAACCCGGGUUGUAUACUUUUGAAUAGGUUUUCAAACAUUCAGAAUUGUCAUUGGCCAUUUCUUGUCUGUCUAUUCCUUUGUCGAUUGGACCUGUUAAUCCCAAUUCGGACAAAAACUGCAUAUUAUGAAAUGAACGCAUUUAUCAG